AUGAAUCCUCCAACCAGGCAGGGUGCAGUCACUCUCUAGAGGAGUAAGUUUUCCACAGCAGAGAGGUGGGAACAGGAGCAAGAGAGGCUUACUUGGCAACAAGCACAUGACUCUAUUGCACUUAUUUCUUUCAUCAGCAUGAACCCAACGACUCCACCAGGCCCCAUGGCCAAUUCUGUAUAUAUGGUGCCACCCUACAACGGUUACCCUGUGAUCACGGGAACGGUGGCUCAGGUGCCUCUCUAUCCAGGCAACCAGACUCAAAUCCACGUAAUUCAUGGAAAUCCACCUGGUUCGGUGCCAGUCCAGAAAGUCUUGAAAGAUGGCAAAGUCCUAGGGGCCAUCCAGAUCCUGAUUGGCUUGGUGCACAUUGGACUGGGCUCCAUCAUGUUCUUCAACCUCUUCGGGUACUAUGUACCGGUGUCCCUCUAUGGAGGCUUCCCCUUCUGGGGAGGCAUCUGGUUUAUCAUUUCAGGAUCUCUCUCGGUGGCGGCAGAAAAACAACCCAAUUCACCAUGCCUGAUGAAUGCCAGUGUGGGCUUGAACAUCUUCAGCGCCAUCUCUUCUGCAGUGGGCGUCAUGCUCUUCAUCACGGAUAUGUGUGUCGCAGGAACCAUCUUGUCAAACUCCUGGCCCAGUACUGAUGCCCUCGGAUUUUUUUUUUUCUGAUUCCAGAAUAUAGGCAUGGCUAUUUCUGGUGUGCUCCUCAUCUUCUGCCUCCUGGAGCUCUGCAUUGCGAGUGUGUCUUCCCACUUUGGCUGCCAAGUGACCUGCUGUCAGCACAACAAUGUGGAUGUAGUCAUUCCAAAUGUCUACGCAACAAAUCCAGUGGUCAUCCCAGAACCACCAAACCCAAUACCAAGUUACUCCAGUGUAGUUCAAGACUCCAGAUAA